AUGAAUAAUAAUCGCAUUGCAGAGAGAAGUGGAGAAAUUUAUGAACAUGAACAUGAACAUGAAAUUGAAAUUGAAAAUGAAAAUGGAGAAGCACGGUCUGGUGAUAUGAGUUCUAACAAGUCACAUGAAUCGGUAAUUUCUAGGAACCAAAACAAGCCGCAAGACUUGUAUUCAAGUACCAGUUCUGUGGACAAUUACUCAUCAAGGGAUGAGGCUGCGCAAUUACAAACCAAUGGGGGCCGAUCGCAUAAACAAGAAGAACUAGUGUCGCCAAAAUCGCCGCGGAUAAACAAUUCCCGUAAACUCAAUAUUAUCACUCCACCCUCGCCAGAAAAUGAGUCGGUUGUGUAUUCGGAUUCUGAUGAUUUAGGUUCUCAAAGUUCGCUAGACUUGCAAAGUGAAGAUGGCAGAUACACCAAAAGAGAUAUUGGUCAACAAUUGCGCUCUCUUGCACGAGCCCCAAGCUCAGAAGAGGAAGGUGAAGAAAAUGAGCAAGGCUAUCAAGGUGGAGAAGGAUAUGAGAUAAACGUGACAGACUUGGUACUGAAGAUCAAAAGUGGCACUAAUGUUGACGAUGAUGGUGAUGACAUUAAAGGCUCAAAGUUAUCAUCAACAACAACAACAUCAUCGUCAUCGUCAUCGUCAUCAUCAUCAUUGUCGUCGUCGUCGUCUAAUGGAGAUAAAAAAGAAAAGGGCUCCAGCUUUAGUUCGGGGUCUACUUUCAAUUCCGGAAUCGGAUCAGGACUGAACUUGAAACCCUCAUUUAAAAUUGAUGAGACACCAAAGAAGCGCAACGGGCCAUCAAGCUCAACUACCCCCAAGCGGUCCAGAUCCAGCUCUAGAUUGAGGCCCAAGUCGAGAUCGAAAGGUGCUGAGGGCUUGUUUGGUUCCGAGGAGGAAACACCUAGUGGCGGGUCCACUAGAUUGAGGAGAGCUAGAAGGAAAUCCAGAGAGCCAAGUGAAAAAUCGCAUAGAUCAUAUGACAAACCUGGAACUGGCUAUACAUCAAUGCCACCUUCUGGUAAGGUUUUUAGAAACUUGUUGAUUCUUGAAGAAAGUUUAAGAGAGCAGGUCAUCCAACAGAAAGCAAUGAGGCGGAAGUAUUUAAUCUUUUUGUCGAUUCUAUGCUCAAUCAUUGCAGCUUUGACCCACCAUUUAUAUAUAUUGGACAGUUCGAUAUCUUCCACCGGUACCAUGAGGAUUAUUUUACAGUUUUUCCUUAUUUCAACCGUCAUGACAUUGUUGCUAUACCAUCUUUCUGGUGAGUAUAGAAAGACCAUAGUGGUUCCACGGAGAUUUUUGUCGCUAACAAACAAAGGUUUGAGACAGUUAAAUGUUAGAUUGGUUAAAAUCAAGACCCCAUUCACUGAUAAAGUUACGGACCAGAUACGUGAGAUUUCUCUUUCAAUUGUGUUGUUUGCUCUAAAGAUCUUCCACAUUAUAUCACCAACUUCUAUACAGAAUAAAGAUUCGAAAAUUGAGGUGUUUUUGGUCACUUGUCAAUCACAAUGUCAGCCUAGAAUUGGUGUUGCGGAUGUCAAACUCUUGCUCAAUGCAAGAGUUUUUAAUAUCGAUAUAAGAGAGGGUUGGGAAAUUUAUAGAAGCGAGUUUUGGGUGAAUGAGGGAGUGCGGAGGCGGAAUAAUAUGUUGGCGUUUAUAAACGGUAACCAGAAGCAAGAGAAGAGUAAACUAGUGAGACGGAAAAGAAAGUCAAGUUCCAUCUCUCCUCAAGCUAUGCCAUCCAAACUCAGCGAACAGAAUUUGAUGAAAUUGAAUUCGAAAUUGGAGAGCGAAGAAGAGAGUAGAAACCAUAGUUUGGAUUUUGAUAGAGCUGGUUCUCCAUUGAAGUCUGAAAUAUCGAGAGACUUUUAA